UUCCGCCAGAGUUUUUUUUUCUUUUCUUUUUUUUUCUUUCUGGGUGUUGCCUGCCUGCCUGCUUUACAACUUUGGAGUUUCACCGGGCUGUUGUCGACAAGCGGAGACGAGCAGGAUAAUUCCCGUAGCAACAUUUCAAAAACUUUUCGGACCUUCUGUGUUUUAGCUGCUCUACACAGGCCGCCGAGGAGCGCUUUAUUUUAGCCGCUGUUAGCCUGUUAAGCUAACCGACAUCGAGCUGCUGUACCGUCGGCCGGUUGCUAACGAGAGAGCCGUCCGAUGCAGGCCAUUAAGUGUGUGGUGGUGGGGGACGGGGCUGUGGGUAAAACAUGCCUGCUCAUCAGCUACACUACCAACGCCUUCCCUGGAGAGUACAUCCCCACAGUCUUCGACAACUACUCUGCCAAUGUGAUGGUCGAUGGUAAACCGGUGAACCUGGGUCUGUGGGAUACAGCAGGACAGGAGGACUACGACAGGCUCAGGCCACUGUCCUACCCACAAACAGAUGUCUUCCUAAUUUGCUUUUCCCUAGUCAGUCCAGCUUCAUUUGAAAACGUCCGUGCCAAGUGGUACCCUGAGGUGAGACACCACUGCCCCAAUACACCUAUAAUCCUGGUGGGCACCAAGCUGGACCUGAGAGACGACAAGGACACCAUCGAAAAGCUCAAGGAGAAGAAACUCUCUCCCAUCAUCUACCCUCAGGGCUUGGCCAUGGCUAAAGAAAUAAGUGCAGUGAAAUAUCUGGAGUGCUCAGCUUUGACGCAGCGCGGCCUUAAGACAGUGUUUGAUGAAGCCAUCAGGGCGGUCCUGUGCCCCCCACCCGUCAAAAAGAGGAAGAGGAAGUGCACAUUAUUGUAAUGGAGAACCAGGGGGAGUAGAAUAUAACCAUUGCAGUCAGAAUUCGCCUGCUUGGAGGGAAGAAGACGGGUGGGUUCUCCCAUAUGUCUAUUCACCCCGUGUCCUUGCUUACAUAGAAGCUUCGGUAGAUCAGAUUUGCCAUCUGAAAGAACUUUACAGGUUUAAGCAGUGCUGAGGGUUUUCUGUCAGAUGUGUUGUCUGAAUGCUUACAUCUGUCUAGUCCUUUCAGAUCAACAGGAAUGGAGUGAUUUUGCUCGGGCCUUGGGGAGUGUGAGGGUUGGAGGUUUUAAUUUAGGAUCUGGGGUUGAUUCAGGAGUAAGAGGGAGGAUCUACAAAAACACUUUCAUGUCAUAUUUCUCAGACAUUGUGAAGAAACACUACUUGAACUUGAAUUUAUUGUGAAAUUACCAUAGAUCUAACUCUAUGACAGAAGGAGGUCCUGCACUGCACUCUUUCCCCUACACACUAAGAGAUUCCUGCUGCCUUGAUGAAAUUUUAGUUUAAAAAAUGUUUUUUUUUUUUUUUUUUUUAGAAGAACAAAUUUUUUUUUCCUUUUUGUCAUUUUCAGUUUGUUGUCAACUAUUGUUGACGGACCGUUUUGUUUACAUGCGUCAUCCGACUAGACCUGAGGUGCUGCCAAAACUCAGUCAACGGUCAUUAUUUUGUAGUCCCUCUGUGAACACUAAAAUGUUGUUUCUCUUCCUUUUUAAUUCCGUUUGAACCUCUACGAGUUAUAAUGCAGUCAUGAAUGAACAGUUUAAACCUUAAAUGACAGAACAAAUGUCGUAGCAGCUGCUGAGAAGUAGUAAUUGCUGGUGUGCAGUGAGCAGCAUGUAAAACAGUCUCUGCUCGAUGUUUAAUCUUGUCUCGUUCCUGAAAGUCUUCUAAAUGUAUCUACGUGCACAGUAUUUUAUUACUGACUGUCGGGCCUGUGAAGUUGCAGUGCAGCCAGCGUUGUUGUGCUCGCUCCUUCAUUAGUUUUCCAUUACGGUUAAACCCAUUUCCAGUUUUCACUAAAUUCUUGCUCAGAAAGUGCUUUUUGUUCAGUAUGUGACGCUCUCGUUGUUAUGUAGCUAUCAUGAAGGUGCGUAACCAAUUCAUUUUGACCCCUUUUAUUACUGUUUUAAUGAAGUCUGUGAGCCAGUGUAGCAAUACCUGAAGGUCUCGACUCAUUUUAAUGCAUUGAUUGUACAAUAUGAACAGUAACUACUAAACAGCAGUUUUAUUUUCAAAUGAGCAAUGAUCAAAUUCCAUGGUUGCUCCAGGGGAACCGCUAAAUCUGGACUCAACAUUUUAUCAGUGUUUCUGUGGCACAGAGGAAUCAAACACUUGGAUUUACUUUCUUACUAAAUGUGGUUUCAUUUUCACAUAGUAAUAUGCAGAUUUUUUUUUAAAGCAAAUAAAUUCAUUCGAAAUGC